AUGGCUUCGGCACUUUUAUUCGUCCUGUCGUCCCUGGGUUUUGGCCCGCGGAAAGUCAGCGAUGAAUUUGAUUCAGAUACAAAUGAGCGCAUGUGGGAGUACGCGAUGAUGCUGCAGGAGCGCACGAUGCACUUCGUGUUGGAAGCUGAGAAGAGGGAACAGGAGUACCACAGGCACAGUGGCAUGCAAGCUGCGCUAUCUGUGUUGUUGCGCUGGCAGUUCUGGCUCUGCAUUGGUAUUCUUGUCCUGUUCUUCUGGCGCCUGUGGCACCUUUUGGCACCGCUUCGAAGGAUCCCAGAGCGUGACAGCAGCAGUGAGGAGGAGAGCUCCAGCAGUGAGGAGGAGAGCUCCAGCAGUGACGAGGAGAGCUCCAGCAGUGACGAGGAGAGCUCCAGCAGUGGCGAGGAGAGCUCGAGCGGUGAGGAAGAGGAGGAGGAGGAGGAAGAGGAAGAACGACCACAACCAAACCCCAACGAUGCAAACAAUCUGGCUGAUUAUGUAGGUCAGCGCAUCUACUGGCCACUUCCGAAUCCAACCAUCAGAUGCCAAGAGGUGGUGGAGGUGGUGGAAGACCUCCUCAAUAUUUACAACUCGAGCUUUCAAAAUACCUUCUUUCCGGAGCUACAGUCAGCCAUCGGAGUGGGCAGUGCCUUUGAAGGUUGGAGUCCCCGUGAAGAUGACCCCGUCUACCGCCUGCUUGUGCCCAUGACGGCCCCCUGUGGGCACUCCUUCCACCUGGAGCUGGGCAAUGAAGGCGAUAUGCUGGCGAGGAACUCCUCUAUCCGUGUGGAGCUGGAGUGCGUGUGCGGGAAGGAGCAGGACUUCGUGGACAUGCUGUGCUUCCUCCACCACUCCGAGGAUGAGCUGAAAAAGCAAGAUCCAAGCCUCCUAGACACCCUCUGCACCAAAUCCUACCUAGAUGCGGAGAAGACUGCAAGGUGGUUCCAGAACUUCGUGGAAACAGCCUGGGUGAUUAUGCCUCAGUCGCAGGUUUACAAUGUAAAAAUGCUACCUUCCACCCGCUCCUGCAAGUUCCAGAUGACAAAUGCUGCCAGGAGAAACCUCACAAUUGAGAUAAUAUUUGGGGUUCAGCAAGGCGAUUCAGACAUCUUCCUGAGCAGCCAGAGGACAGAGGCCAUCUUUACCCUCAGCACAACAUGGCCACAGACAUGUGCUGUUGCAGAGAGGAAGUUCUUCCAGCACAUAACCAUUGAAGUCUGGUUCCACAGCUUACACCUCAAGUGCAUGCAGAUCUGCGCCCGUAUGCUGGUGGGCACAAGCAUUUCCACUUAUGUCAUCAAGACUGUUGUCAUGCACCUCCUGACCACCGUCCACUUGGAAAUGUGGCACAGGGACGAUUUUCUGCUGCGGCUGGAUGAUAUCAUUCGGUACCUGCACUGCUGUCUGGAAGAGAAACGCCUCAACCACUUCUUCUUUGGCAACGAGAUGGUGCCCGAUGUGAUUGUCCUGCCACCAGCCUUCCAGUUCUCCAGCCCAGUCAACCUUUUCGAGCACCUGGAGCAAGACACACGUGCCUACACCCGCAUGCUGGAAGAGUUCCAGGAGCUGCGCAAUCGGUUCACAAGACUGAUAAUUUAUGGACACUGA